UCUUAACAAAGAUGAGUUGAUAGAAGCAUUGCAUUGGGCUUUGGUGGUUGUAUAUAAAAACUGAUAAAGGUUUCCAAGAGAAAGAUAUUUAUAGUUUAUUCCUUUUAGUGUUUGAUCUUUUCUCUGUUAAUUAUUUGUUAAAGACGGAAUUCAUGUACAUCAAAUUGAAUCUUCAUCCUAUUUUUUGUGGUUAUCUAUCACUCAAAUGCUUCCAUCAGCAACUCAAACCCUAACGCUUCCAUCCGCGUUGGAGACACUGAGAGAGGAAAAUGUACAAGAACCAGCUUCAGGAGCUGGCCCAACGAAGCUGCUUCAACAUCCCUUCCUACACCUGCAUUCGGGAAGGCCCCGAUCACGCCCCUCGCUUCAAGGCCACCGUCAACUUCAACGGCGAGAUCUUCGAGAGCCCCCACUACUGCUCCACUCUCCGCCAGGCCGAGCUCUCCGCCGCCGAGGUCGCCCUCAAUUCCCUCUCCCACCGCGCUCCCUCUCACUCCCUCGCCGCCAGGAUCCUCGAUGAAACGGGGGUUUACAAGAACCUCUUGCAGGAAAUUGCUCAGAGGGUGGGGGCUUCGUUGCCGCAGUACUUUACAUUCAGGUCAGGCUUAGGACAUCUUCCUGUGUUUACUGGGACGGUAAAGUUGGCUGGAAUCAUGUUUACUGGUGAACCUGCCAAGAACAAGAAACAAGCAGAGAAAAAUGCUGCUAUGGCGGCUUGGUCUUCUUUGAAGCAAUUGGCAAAAGAAACUGCCAAGUCUUCAACUGAGCCAGAGAACAAUGACGAACUAGAACAAAUCACUAUAGCACGGGCCUUACUGAACUACCGACUGAAGGAAAAGAUUUACAUGUUAUAGUGUAUAUAAAUUGAGGCAACACUCACCUUACAAGUUAAUUUUGUAUGGUUAAGUAUUAGACCUAUAAUUUGCAUGUUAGAUGAAUUCAUUGUAAGCAUUUGAAAGUUGAAUAAUUAUUAAUAGAAAUUGUACAAAAAUUACAUUCGAAUAGUAAUUUCUUUUUAUUUUUUUUCUUCUUGCAAAAAAUUCGCAGAAAGUUUCAUGUAAUAAGAGAAAUUAUAGUAGUGAGUGUUUAGGUACAACUCCUUUGAAUCUUAACAAAGAUGAGUUGAUAGGAGCAUUGCAUUGGACUUUGGUGGUUGUAUAGAAAAACUGACAAAGAUUUUCAAGAGAAAGAUAUUUAUAGUUUAUUCCUUUUA